UUGGCAAGCAGGGGUUUCAACCACCGUUUCAACCAUGGCUAAACCACCCUUUAAACCAUGGUUUAAAACAACAUUUUUAAACCAGUCUUUCGCCAGCUCUGAAUGUCGGACCCUAUGAGAUGAGACGCAGAGGCGGUCAGUCGCCAGCUGGGAACGAUGGGUGCUGCAAUCCUUUUGCCGGACCGGCAGAGAAACGUUUGCCGUUUGGCAUCGGUAUCCGAUUUCCGAAUAUCGAUGUCCGAUUUCUCGGCCCGCUUUGCGAUUCCUGUGCUUCCCUUUACAGGUGACGAAGCCAAGGGUUAAAAAGCAGCAGCAGAAGAAGCAAGUCACGCAAUUUAGUAUCACAACCCAGAAGAGAUAAGGAAUUCAUAUCGGACAGCUCUGUCGUCCUCCGCUUGCCAAUAACCUGAGAUGGCUGUCAGAAAAGAGGCGAGAAAGUUGCCCUGAACUAAUAAGUUAACUAGUCAUCUCCUGGGCGCCUUUGGACACUUUGACAAGCGGCUUCUGAAGGGUGUGGAGGAAACCGAGGAGUUUACUCCGGGGACAGAAGCAUGACUGCAGUUUAUAGCUGGAAGGACGAAAAGCGGGAUGAGGGAGGCGUUCCCAUCCCUUUCCCUUAGGACCUGGGAAGGUGAUCCAGUAUAAAAACCCCGGAACAGGUCAGGGAUCUCUAUAUACGCAGCUCACUGGAGAUCGAUGCCACCGCAUCCUCCCAGAUCCAGCUGGAAGAGAGAUCAUGGUUUGGCUCCGCAGCUUGGUCUUCCUCUCCCUUUACUCCUUCCCAGCAUCGGGAGAAGCCAAAGAAGAUGGAGCACAUUGGUGUUACCUUUCCCAGAAAUGUCAAGAACCGCAUUGUAAAGAGCCCCGGCAGUGGGACGAGUUGUAUGGCGAAUGUGGGAAAGACGGACAGUCGCCCAUCAACAUCGUCACCAAUAAAGUGGAAUACGACUGGGACCUGCUGCCUUUCCGCUUCGAGAAAUACAACGUCAAGCAAAGCACAAACUGGAGCAUCAUCAACAACGGCCAUACGGUCCAGGUGAACCUUGACGGGUCGGCCAAGAUCGAAUCCGGGGGGCUUUCGGGCAAAUACAAGGCGGUCCAGUUUCACUUCCAUUGGGGGAACGACGACAGUCAAAAGUCAAGCCGGCGGGUCAGCCCUGGAUCGGAGCACAGCAUUGACGGGGAGAGAUACGCAAUGGAGCUUCACAUUGUCCACAUCAAGGAAAAAUACGCCACGCUAUCAGACGCCCUCGCGGAAAAUGGCGUCGCCGUCCUUGGAUUUUUUAUACAGGUGGGCAAACACAACGAACAUUACGCGCCUCUCAUUUCAGAGCUCAGAGAAAUCCCCUUCAAAGGAAGUGAAAAGCCUAUGCAACCUUUGCGCCUGGACUCCCUCCUACCGAAAACGGAUGACCUCGCCAGCUUUUAUCGGUACACGGGAUCCUUGACCACGCCGGGAUGCAACCAGAAUGUGAUCUGGACCCUGUUCGAGAAACCCAUUGACCUGCAGUUGGAACAGAUCCAAGAAUUCUGGAUGCAGCUCUAUUUUGGCGCAACCAAGAACGACUCCUGGAUCGUGGAUAACUUCCGGCCGAUUCAACCCGUCGGUGGCCGCGUUAUAUAUAAGUCGGACUCCAAUUCCCUUUUGCCGCCAACCAAGGCGUUGCUUUUAAUACCGACAGCCGCGUACCUUGCCCUUUCUCUUGUCCAGUGAUGGAUUGGAUCGAUGAUUUAAAAACAACAUAUUGACACUUACUUCUAGU